CCCGAAUACAGGACGAUAAAUAAACACGCUCUCGGAACGCUCCGAGCCACCAAGAGCUCCAACUGGUUCCGACACUCCAGUCUGCAACACCCCAGCCCUAUGAGGCGUGGACGGUGGCCCUUUCCGACGGCCGUCAUGCCCGAGACCGACGUGGUGGCCCCGCGGCCCAAGCGGCACAAGAUCGAUGUCGCGUGUGAAAUGUGCAGGGCGAGGAAGGUUCGAUGUGACGGGAUUCGACCAACAUGCGGGAACUGUCACAAGCGACUUGAUAUGCGGGACCGCUGCACAUACAGCGCCGGCCCCAUAGAGAGGACAACCGAUUCGCACAGUGUUAUCACUGUUUCUACUCCCAGAAGUAUUGCAGAGGGGCUGCCACAACAAGCAGCAAGUCAUGGUCAAGGACCCGCCAUCCCCGACCCGCCGAUGCGAGGCGGUAAUGCAAGCAGUAGCCCGCCAGUCCGGAGACGGAUGGCCUAUCCCGCCCCGGCUCUCGAUGCAGGUUUUGGUGUGCCGUCUCCGGCUUCCGGCCAUGCACCAAGCGUUGCAGGCGAGUCCCAGAUCGACUCCAUGACGACGGUCGUGGAGGAGGGAACGAGCACAGCGCAGUAUUUUGGCAGCAGCAGCGCCGGAUCCUUCACGAAGCAGAUCAAGGCCGCCAUCGAUGCAAGACUGGGCAAGUCACCGCAGCCGGCCCCGUCGUCCUCGCACCACAACAACAACAACAGAGCUUCGUUCGCAGGGCCUGCAUCGCCAGGGUCCCGAGAUGCCGGGAGCAACUGGAACAUAGCAGAUGACCCAAACUAUGUGCUGCCGGGCCGUCGGCAGGCCGAUCAUCUGAUGGACCUGUACUGGCACUACGUCGACACGCUGUACCCCUUUCUCGACCGGGAGAAGUGGGGCCGGUACUACGCCAACAUGUUCGCGGGCACGCCGCUGGGCACGGACGAGCGCAUCUUCGUGUCGACGCUCAACAUCAUAUUUGCGCUGUCGACGCAGCUGAUCGAGUCGCUGCGGCCGGAGCAGCGCGACGAGAGCAGCCGGGUGUAUUUCCAGCGGGCGCAGGCCCUAAUGCGGCUCAGCCUGUGGGAGCCCGGGUCGCUGGAGCUGGUGCAGUGCCUGUUGCUCAUGAGCCAGUACCUGCAGACCACCAGCAACGCGCACCAGACCUGGAUGGUGGUGGGCGCUGCCGUGCGGACGGCGCAGAGCUUGGGCCUGCAUCUACCCGAGACGUCGGCGGGCAUUGCCGACCUUGUCGAGCGCGAACUCGUUCGCAGGCUGUGGCAUGGCUGUGUCCUGAUGGAUCGCAUGGUUUCCAUGACCCACGGACGGCCGCCGAUCAUCUUGCACCAGCACGCCUCGGCUGUUCCCCUGCCACUCUCUUCACAUCCCGGCCGACAAGGGUUCGACAAUGAGCAAAUACGCGUGUCGUUCUUUGUGCAGUCGGUCCAGCUGUAUGAGAUCAUCCACUUGAGCAUCAUUGCCUUCUACUUGACGGGCGAGGCGGAGCCCAGCCCACAGGGAGCCCGAGAGAAAGACCUGGAGACUCUCUUAAGACUGGACAGCGCUUUGGAAACGUGGGAGCAGAACCUGCCUCCCCAUCUGUGCUUCGCCACGGUUCAAAAUCUGGAAAAUGACAUCUCCAAGCGCCAAGCGGUAAUUCUUCGGCUUCGGUUCCUCCAAGCUCGGCUCCUUCUCCUGCGGCCGACCAUGGCGCGGUUCUGCCUGGACCAGCCUCCGCCCAAAGAGUCCAAGUCGACGGGCGGCUUGGCGUCGCGCAUGGUGCAGCAGGUGGCGUCUCUGUGCGUGGCCACGGCACAGGAAGUCGUGUCGGUGCUCGCACGGUUCGAGGCGCACGACGGCACCGUCGGCUUGCUGCCGGCGUGGUGGUACCGCCUCUACUUUGUCUACUCGGCCGCCACCAUCCUCAUCGUGGCGCGGCUGCGGCCCGAGCUCGCGGGCGACAACGGGCUGCAGCGCUCGUGGGAGGAGGCCGUCUCGGUGCUGCGGGCCCACGAGCGGUUCGGCCAGUCGGCGCGGCGGUGCGUCGCCGUCUUGAACAUCCUGUCCGGACGUAUCAUGCAGAACCAGCAAGCAGCUGCCACGAGACCGCCCGAGGAAGGCCCAGGUCCGGGGGAUGAGAGUCAGGCUGCGAACCCGACCUUCUUUGACCCGGCCGAGUCGCUCCAGCAGUUUGGCGACCUGGGCGCCUUCUUCCCCGACUUGGAGCUGCCGGGCCUGGCGUUUGGCGCGAACGAUCUCUCCGAUUUGAACAUGCAUGCCUGGGAGCUGCUCACGGGCAAUCAGCCGUGGGCGAUGGACACGGGCAAGCCGCAAGAGUAGUAAGAGCAGACGGACUUCUAUGUAUGCGACUAAUACUGUACAUCAAUGUCCAUUUAUUCAAACGCCAUCUUAUUUUUCACCGCGCCCAGCUGGCUUAUCUGCACUUCCACCACAUCUCCGUCGUUUAGGUACCUUGGCUCCUUCAUCCCCAUCGCCACGCCCGACGGUGUCCCGGUCAGAAUCACGGUCCCCGCCACUAGUGUGGUCCCCUGGCUGCAAAAGGCAAUAAUAUCCUCAACUCCGAACAGCAGAUCCGAGGUGCUCGUGUUCUGGCGCUCUUCGCCGUUGACAAACGUCUGCAGCGUCAACCCACUCGCGUUGCCCACCACGGAGGGGGCCAC